CUGUAGCUGUAGGAGGAACUCUAAACGACUAGAAACUGAAAGUAAGAGCCGGAGCAGACAAAACGUAGCAGAAAGAAGUUAAAAUGCGUGGCCGGUGACAUUAUCUCACCGUUUAUAGUGUUAUUUUAGUCGUAUCGAUUAUUUGAUGGGAAACGUUCAUUUCUAGAGCGUCUGUGUAUUCCUAAACCCAAUCUUUAGUACAUGUGUUAGCAUAACUAACCGCCGAGAGCGAGUGCCUGUAUGUCAAACUAAACGUUAACGCGGCGGAAUCUUUUUUUUUUCUGGACGUAAAGUUAUUGCGAUAAGUAAGUCGUAAGUAGUUUCUAAAAAAUAAGUUUUUAUAGCAGAGGUGUGUGAGUGUCUUACAGCCACGCCAUGGACCCGGACACCGAAGUUGCAAGCAUCUUAAGGCAGGGGAGUGAGGAGGAGGAGGAGGAGAAGAAAAAGAGGCAGAGACCACCCUCCAGCUAUGGUUCAAUGAAGAGUGACAGUGAUAUGAUGGAGGAGGAGGAAAAUGAAGGAGAGGGUGCAGAGGCCAGCGCUUCCCAGUGUUAUCCAGUGCUACAGGAAUCGACUACUCAUGACGCGACAGGGUUGCGGAUGAUUCGCUCAGAGUCUCCAGAGACCCUCUACACAAUGACCACGCAGCAGACCCAACCACCAGGAGCAGUUGUCAUUGACACCAGGUCUUCUGAUCUGGGGGAUAAUUCAGAAGAAGAUGAUGAGGAGGAUAUGGAUGACCUUUUGGUAACUCAUUCCCCAGAACCACCUGAGCCAGUUGAACCAGAUGACAUAUUUCAGACUGAUGAGAACGGCCAGCCUGGCAGGCUACACCCAGAACAGGACCUACCUCACAUUUUCAAGUGCAUCCAGAGUAGUGUGACAUCCCUCACUAAGGAAGAGCUAUUCAAAUUUAAGAUGUGGUUUUACCAAUGGGAACCAGGCAUAACGCUGCAGCAGGUGAUGGAGGGAGACCUUCUCGAUUUUGUGGACAGGAUCCUGGAGAUCCUUGGCCAGGAUCGCUCCCUGUUGCACACUAUAAGUACCCUUGAAAGUGUCAACCAGAAACCGAAGGCAGACGAGCUACGGAAUCAGUGCAAGAGAGCGAUGAUCCGUUUUCAUUUGAAGCAAUAUUUAAUCAGAAAACACCAAGUCAUCCGUGAGGGUGUUGUUCGAGCCGGAAGGCAGAAUCUUCUAGAUACCAUCUACGUUGAGCCCCAGAUUUCCACCUGUGGUUAUGGAGGAAUUGACCCCUCCCAUGAGUUCCGACCCCACCCUCCGACACCUGUCCAAGUCCCCGGUGCCGACACCUUCGUUAGCGUGAACAAUCUGUUCCGACUACAGACGGAUGAUGGCAGGCCGGUGAGGACGGUGCUGACCACUGGGAUACCAGGAAUUGGCAUGUCUGUCUCUGUGGGGAAAUUCUCCCUGGAUUGGGCAGAACUGCGUGCCAAUAAGGACCUGCAGUUUGUCAUCAAACUUUCGUUCCGAACUUUCUGGCUUCUGCAUACCAACAACCCUCUUCCUUCAGAAAAGAUGUCCAUCAUGGAAGUGAUAGAAUAUUAUCAUCCCGAGUGCAAAGGCAUGAAAUACCUGGAGGAAGAGGACUGUAAAUUUCUCAUCAUAAUGGACUCGUUUGAUUGUUACCAAGCGCCCCUGGAUUGGGAGAAUGCUCCAGUAAUAAAUGACAAUUACACCCAAGCACAUCCGGACGUCUUGAUUGUGAAUAUCAUCCGAGGCACUGUGCUUCGUGGCGCCCGCAUCUGGAUCCUGGGGAGACGGGCAGCUGUCUCACAAAUACCAUCUCGACUCAUAGACGUUGUCACAGAAAUACAGGGCUUUAGUGAUGAGAUGAAAGAUGACUACCUGACAAAACGCUUUUGCGAUGCACAACAAGCAGCAAAUAUCGUGGCACACUACAAGCGCCUGCCGACACUCCGAAUGCUCGCUCGCCAACCCUUUGUCUGCUGGAUGGUGGCCACUGUGUUCGAGCGCUGCUACCGUUAUCAGGGCUACGGGGUGCACCCACCCAGGCUGACGCCGUUCUACGUCAGCAUUUUGAUCGUCCAGACCAAUCGCAGGCUGCAGUUCUACUAUGGAAAGGCGGAUAAUGACCUAAAAUGGUCCAGUGACGACAAGCACCUGCUGACAAAGCUGGGGAAGAUGGCGUUUAAGAUGCUGGAAAGGAACAUCAGUGUGUUCUGUGAAGAGGACUUGAAGGAGUACGGGCUGAAGUUGACGGAGGUGACGGUGUUCUCCGGCAUGUGCACUGAGCUCCCCACCGCAGCCUCAGAUGGAAGGAGGAUGUACUGCUUUAUACACUUCACCUUUCAGGAGUUCAUUGCCGCUCUGUACGUCUUCACGAUGUUUCGCUCAGAGUCUAAGAACGUUCUGGACUCCGGGGUGUUGCAUAUGCCCAAGUUCUUCACGCCAAAGGAUCACACCAAAUCAGCAGUAGGGCUGGUCCAGUGUGCCCUGGACCGAACCCUCAGCUCCCCGCUGGGCCACUACGACAUGUUCCUGCGCUUUUUGUGCGGCUUGCUUUCCCCGGACUGCCAUGACAAUCAGCUGAGUGGGUAUCUCUUCCGCCACAAAGCGCCGAAGGUGGGGGGACUGGAUGAGGUGCAGCGGCUGCUGGAGCACAUGAUACUGACUGCUGAAGAAAAAUAUAAAGACCGAGUGGGAAACUUAAAGGAGUGCCUUAGAGAAAUGACCCAGGAAGAUGAGUGAGGUGGGUGAGAUCAUGAAGGUCAGUGUUACUUCAUGUUAUGAUGAGUAAAAGACAAUAUGUUAUAUCUCACCAUAGAAUUUAAAAGUGAUCAAAGUGUGACAAGACUCAACAGAACUGAGAGUGACUUGUUUAGGUCUGUGCCAUUUUGGCUUUGAUAACAUUAUAUUUCAUACAAAGACAUUGUUUUGAUAAAAAGGGACCUAUUUUGCUCAUUUCCAGUUUAAUAUUUUUAUUUUGGGAUUCCACUAGAGUAGCUUUGUAUUAUUCAUAGUUUUUAAGAAAUCCUUAUUUAUCUUAUACUGGGCCUUUAUGCAGCCCCUCAGUUCAUCCUCUCUUUAAAAAAACAAAAACAAAUGCCCCCUGUCAUCUGAUUGGCCUGUGAGCUUCUGUGACCUACAUCUUCUUUAUACACCCAGUUCUGUGAGUCUGCACCACCUCAUCCUCUUGCUGGUGUGCUCCAUGGCAUAUGACAGCCUUAACUUACCUUGGAAAAUAGCGAUAUUGGGCAAUGAAUUUCAUGACUUCCCUGUUUAUCAGACCACAAGGGCCGGUGUAGGUAUAUAUAGAAAAGCAUAAUAGGUCCCCUUUAAUACAUCAAAGAGUCUGUUUUUCUAUGCAUUCCAGUACAGUGGAGUUGAUCCAGCACUGCAUGUCUUUAUUCAGCUGUUUUAUUUCGAUAUGAUUUUUUUCCCCCUGUUCCAAAUGUGACAAAAGAAAAAAAUGAAUCUUUAACUUAACUAAUCUUAAAAGAUCAGAAGACAUGACAAUUCAUCAAUACAAAACAGAUUUUGUGACACUGGAUCUUUCAGCAUUUGUGUUUGCAUUUGUUUACCUCUUUGUUUUAGGUUCUCAUGUUACCAUCUGACACAGAAGUAACAAAACGGACUAAAGGGUGAAUUCCAGCAAUGAA